AUGUUUGUUCCUAAAGGAGCAGCAGGGCGCAACCCUCGAAGGCGCCAGAGAACCAGUUCCGAUGACUCUGUCAAUCCUCCAAAAGCAAAGCGACAGCGCUCGGUUUUGCGGCAAGCAGGUGACUCUCCGUCUAAAGGGCUUGAUCGCGACCAAAGGGACAUAGCCGAUGCAUCGAAUUCUAGCCUAGGCAACAAAAAUGAAGUGAUUUCCGACUCCAUCGGUACCGAAUCACAUCUCCCCAUCCGGAAUACCAAACUGACAGAAGGGCUUCGAGAUCCCCUUGAAGGGACAAUUGUGCUGUCGAUCAACUUCCUGCUUUACCAGAUCAAAUCCGAGGCUCACUUUCAGGUACAAGCAUAUUGUUUCUAUCGCUCCAUUACUUUCUUGCUCGUGUCACUGACAUUGUACUGCAAAGAGCCACUCCGGUGCUUUUUUGCUCCCACUCAUAACCAUGCUCUGGCAUUGACUAAUUCCCAUGCGAUCAUAUGGCCCUAUUCGACGCCUACGUCUGCCCCAUCACCUUCGCAAACAUUUACCGUCUUAAUCCCCGAGUCAUGCCGAGAUCCCAAUGGCGCGGUACCACUCGGCGUUUUACUCUCUGCUGCCACUGGAGAAUACCCCGGUCUUCUUGUCAUUGUACCAACCACGGGGAAAGUCAUAUACUGGGAAACGGUAUCGAGUGCUGCUUCUCUGGGGCUACCUCGGCAGAAGCAAAGUGGAAUUCAAGGAAUCACGCCUGGUCUACUCUCCGGCGAAUAUGCGACCGAGGUCAUGAAUUGUGAACCCUCGGGAGUCAUUGUCGCAUUCUCGUCUGGACGAGUGGCACAUAUCAGCCUCCGAGACCCCCAAGGGAAACCCUCGGUGCUCGUCAACUUCCUGAGGAGUACUGUGAGUGGCGGAGGCGGGUUUUUGGGUGGAAUCAAGAAUGUCUUAGGUGGGGGGUAUUGGAGGAAGGAAGUAACGGCGGUUCGAGCAGGCGCAUCCCGCCAACGAGGACAACGAGACGUUAUUAUAGCCACUUCUUCUGGAUGGGUGGAGAUAUGGGACACUCAUUGGAACCACGGCAAUGCAUUGAAGAAAAAAUAUGACAUCAAAGGAGACAUUGCGGCCACUAUCCCUCAGGAUCCUGCUGUGGCACCUGGAGACACGGAUCUCAAAGUCAUGGAUUUUGCUGUUUCCACACAACAGACCCCUGACGGAACUGAUCUCCAGGGUUCUGACGAAUCAUGGCGACUGCUCCUUGUUGUUAGUACGCCACAGUGGCUGGAGUCGAAAACCUUGUUCGUUGUUGAGAUGCAUUUGUCAGGAUACGGCACUCGCAUAUUGUCUGCUCGAGCCGUUGACCUUCAGGCAAUACCUAUCGUGCAGAGUGACUUGAAACCAAGGAUUCUAGUUUCAAGACCAGGACAUACUGCUUUCAUUCUUCUCGGCCAGUCUCUCAUUCUUAUAUCUCUCGCUAGCAUUGAACAAACGCCGACCUCACAACUCCUUUUGGAUUCGCACAAAUUACCUCAGGCGUUUCAAGAUACCAUCCAUCUUCGAUCUGGCAGUGGUUAUGAAAUUCUCGGGUAUGGCCUGGAUGACCGAGCAGAUGGUCAUAAUAGCACAGCAUGUGUUAUGAUGAUUCGAAACUUUGGUGUUGUUCGGGUCAGUGUGACUCCCCAAUUCUCAAUUGAGGAGGAAGCCGAUGAAGGCCAAGUUACCGCAAAGCACAAACUUGAACAGGCAAUCUUCUUUGGCACCAUGGCAAAGAACCCCUUAAACCUCCUUUGGGAGAGUGAUCUCGACUUUCCCGCAGCUGAAAUUGAGCAGGCUUCGCUGGAGAUCAGCAGGGAGCUUCUCCAGUCAAGGUCACGAUUUAUCCCUACAUCUGCAAUCUCCAUCGACCAAAACCUCAGGCUGAGAGCCAAGGCCCUCAGUGACCUUGCGUCAUUAUUGCUUCGAAAAGGCAAUCCCCUAAGCCGCCCAGCAAAAUGGGAACUUCUAUGGGGGGCCGAAAAGCUUGCUGCACAAAGAGCCAUGUGGAAACUCGAGGAAUCACUACAGAACAACAGAGAAGGCGCUUUUCUGAGCCAUGUGAUUGAAUCAAUGAAUGAUAGGUUCAAAACUCGCUCAGAUCUUCCUCAAGGUGGAGUUGAUACGGUACGGCAGUGGUUCUUGAGAGAUUCUUACCAGAUGGAACAUAUAAUUCCCUGGAUUAAAAAUGCGAUCAAGCCUCGCAAGGGUAAUUCAUCCAGGCAAGCACGAAAGCUCUCGGAGCAGAUUCUCGAAGCAAGCGAGCUGUUCCUCGCCAUUACGGAAACCGCCUACCGAUAUCGUGACGAGUAUGCUUCUUUAUACGGGUUGAGUGAUGACUUUGUCGAAGAUGGCGUCCUUGCUGAUGGGUACGAGGAACUACCAGAGUUCUGGACAUCCAGAGCGGUGGGCUACACUGAAACAGGUCAUCUAUUGAAUUGGGAGCUAGACAGCUGUCGAGCUUGGAUUCAACAAAAAACAUCAAAUGCAGAUGCGCCAGAUACUCAGGUAUUGAAAAAGAUUGCUGAAAACAGUGCGCGUCAUCUUCGAGUUCUCGGUCAGAUGCACCGAGAGCGGACGCGCUGGCUUGACGCACAGGGAGAUUCCAAAUUGUCCGAUGAAAGUGCUUUAAUCGAGCAAUCUCACAUCAAGGAACGCAAGUGGCAGCUCUUCAAACUCGCAGGAAUUGGACAUUUGCAAGAUGCACUUGGUCUUGCGGAACGGUUCCGAGACAUGGGAGCUCUCGUCGAGCUAAUUAUCGAGCUCCAAGAUCAGGCGAAGAACCAGUCAUCCCAAGAUGGUUUUGUGGAUGUUCCUGGAAUGGCCACGAAUGAAGCAGAUGUGAAUUACAGAAUUUCGCAGUAUUUUGAGAAAUUCGGUGAAGCUUGGGCAGAUGCGUACUUUUCACGGCAGAUUUCCAUGGGUCACCCUGGUGCAUUGCUUUCCAUGCGCAAAUACCAGCAACAUGUCACUAGAUUUCUUCGAAAAUCUUCUUCAUAUUCUAGAUUGAGCUGGAUCAAUGACGUGACUGGGGAAGCUGACUGUGACACCGCUGCCGUCUGUUUGGAGAGCCUUGCACUCAGUGGUGAACAGGAAUUGUGGAAUCAUCGUGUGCAAAUAUCAUUAGCAAAACUCGGAAAAUUGGCUUCCAACGAAAAAAGCCCAUCUCCAGCACACCGUUCCGAUUUGGAGGAGGACAUUCGACGACUCGGUGAUUACAACGAGAUUGACGAGAUUCAGGACAACCUUCAUGCCAGUGUCAAGUCAGUCUUUGAGGGCGCAAUUGACCGGAAAGCAGCGGCGGAGUUGGCCCUCGAUUACUUUGGAGGCCAUCUUGCGGAGAAUUUCCCUUCCCUUCAUGAUAUAUUAGGCGACGCUCUCUCCGGUCUGGUUCAUAGAAAUGUCAUUGGUGCGGAUGGUCUUAUUGAUCUCCUCACUCUGAUGAGCUCCGUCAACCCCUCUGAUGACAGCGACAAUGAUCUUCAUGGACGAGAAUUCUAUCAGGCUCUUCAAGUGCUUGAUCACAGUCGCUACGUGCAGCAAGAUGCCCCAUAUGCCUCGGCGAUAAGAAAAUUGAUAUGGCGACGUUGCAUGCUCAAAGACAACUGGGAGGCCCGUGGUAAAGCUGCUGAAUUGUCAAAUGGAGAUCUGGAUGGCUCGGCUCGAGACACUGUGCUUUACCAAACUUUGUGCUUGUGUUUAAAUGACCGGGCCAGAUUCACCUCUCAGUCUCUGCUCAAGCCUCUUUCUCCAGCUGAGACUUUGAUGGCAGGGUCAGAAUCUGACAUUCUUGCAUCACGCUUUCGCCCAGAGCAAAAGGCUCGGAUAACUAUGGACCUGAAGCGAGAAGACGACCUUCUUCGUGCAUAUGUUGAGACUGGGAAACUUGAUUUCUGGUUUCAGAACCUGUUCACAUUGAUUGGGUCUAAAUUGACCUCUACUGACCUUGCAGGUGAGGGGACAUGCAGCCUUUGA